UCCCUACCUCUGGACAAAGUGAGAGGAAUGUGGAUUUAAACCUUGAUGGUACCGAGAAAGGACUUUAAUACUUUAUGUUAAAUAUGUUGCAGCAUGUUGUAUGAAACAAAAGUGAAUUUAAUGAGAAGAGCUUAAUAUGGCAUUUAGUUUGUGAAAUGUACUGUAACAAUUACAGAACAGGGAUGAUGUUCCUGUGUAUGUCUCUACUGCUUCUCUUCAGCUUUAUGCACUCUAAAGCAGGUAUAAAUCCAUCUUGUGUGUGCGCGUGUGUGUGUGCGUGUGUAUACUCUUGCUCUAUGUACAUAUUUUUUAUUAAUGUUCACCUUCAUUAGUUUUCACGUAUUUCAUGAUUUCUACAAAACAAAUGUUCGAUUUGUGUAAAUAAAUCUCCACAUAUUCUAGCCAUGUUAGAUUUGUCUAUAAUUAUUACAGAUACAUGUAUCAUUAUAAUGUAGUAUAUCUGAUGUUUUUUUUCACAAUACAGAGCGAUUAGAGGUGGUUGGUCCAGAAGCUCCUCUUGUUGCCGUAGCUGGUGAAGAUCUGGUUCUGCCCUGUUUUAUAAAACCCAACACCAGCGCUGUGCACAUGAGAGUGGAGUGGUUCAGACUAGAUGUAGAAGACUCAUUAGUGCAUCUGUAUAAAGAUCAUGAAGACAGAGAUGAAAAGCAGGCAGAGUCCUACAGAGGAAGAACUUCACUAUUUAAACAGGAGCUACAGAAAGGCAACGCUUCACUCAAACUCUCAUCUCUCCUAGUCUCUGAUGAAGGAGAAUACAAGUGUCUUGUUGAGGAGGAAAACUCAUGGUAUGAUGACAUCACUGUUCAUGUCACUGUCGAAGUUCUGGGAAGCCACCCGGUGAUCACGAUGGAGAGUUAUGAUCACUCAGGAGGGAUUAAUAUCGUGUCCUCAGAGCUUCAGAAGGAGAAGGAAUAUGCAGAGCUGCAGAGACAGAGAGUGGAAGACGGUAAUUACAUCUGACAUUGUGACACUUUAAGGACUUUUAUUUUUCAGCUUUGUGGAGAUCUGUGUCCAUCCUGUAUUUGUGGAGAACUAGUGGUCUGCAUCUUGCAGUGUAGCCUCUGUAUUUCUGUUCAUGAAGUCUUCUGCAGACAUUAUUCACUGACAAAUCCCCACCUGCCUCCUGAAGAUCUUCUUUGGCCUACCAGACGCUUUAUAGUUACUAAGCUCACCCAUUCUCUCUUUCUUCUUAAUAAUGUUCCACACAGUUGAUAUUUUUGUAACCCUAAAGUUUGGCAGAUGUCUCUGUUUUAUUCUUGUGUCUCAGCCUUAUAAUGUGUCCUUGACUUUCACCCUCACUGUGAUCCUCAUGUUGAUGAACAGUAAAAGAAGACUCUAAAGGUGACCAAAAGUCUUUAAUAAAGACUAGAUGCUGAAAUCUUUCUCACACCCGCACUAAUGAAGCAAUUAAACACACCUGAAUAAUCACCAACACCUGUACAGCUCAAUGUCCCAAAUAUUAAGAUACCAUGGAAUGGAGACUGUGUAUAAAGUGUUGUAAUUUCUACAUGUUCAGAAAUGUAUAAAAAAUACACUUUAUUAAAAUCUGAAGAUGUGCACUUUAACCACAUGUGAUAUGGUUGAGUACAAAUUUAAAACAGAUGCAAAUUUAAACAAAAAAAAAAAUUGCCUUUAUGGAGGGAGCGGUAUAUAUUUAGGAAGAGGAACAGAUUCUUAGAUUUAUAUUUCUCUCCUUUCUUUACAUUUCUCUAUUUCUAGGCAAAAAAAAAAUCUACCGAUGGCAAUAAACUUGAUUUAUUUUUAUUUAGUUUGUGGGGGACCGGGGAAUUAGUGAUUAGCACGUUUACCUCACAUGUCCGGGGUUGGGGGUUCAAAUCCCACUUUUGCUCUGUGUGCACGUGUUUUCCCUGCACUUCAGGGGUUUCUUCUGGGUACUCCGGUUUCCUCCCCUAGUCCAAAUGUGUAUAGUGUGUGUAUUGUGUGCCCUGCAGUGGGUUGGCCCCCCGUCCAGGGCAUCCCCUGCUUUUUGCCCCGCUAUCCCGGGGAUAUACUCCAGGCUCCCUGCGACCCUGUGUAGGAUAAGCGGUAUAGAAAAUGGGUGGAUGGAUUUGGUUUGUACUUUUGGUCUGUGGUGUAAAUAUGAUUAUUAAUUAUGAAAUAUUAAUUAUUUAUUGUUAUGUUUUGUUAAAUCUAAUUGUAUUUUGAUGAAUUCAUAUAAAAUAUUGAUUCAUAUUUCACAGAGUUAAUAAAGAAUAAAAAGUUUGCAGGUAAUAACAAUUUUAUCUUCAGUACAGUUACAUCAGUCUCUACUGUAUUUGUGUGCAGUUGAUGUAUGCUGCAGUUCUCUCGCUCUCUCUCUCUCUCUCUCUCUCUCACACACACACACACACACACACACAC